AUGCAGCGUGUUGCCAGCAGUUCUUUGCUCCGACACAAAAAAGUCCUGAAAAAAGGGACCAAAUUCUCCCUCCUGGUCUGCGGCCCUGGAGGCUCUGGUCGAGCGACCUUCGUUAACGCCCUGAUAGACUCACAACUUGGCGAAUCCGGCGACAAGGUAAAACAGCUUAUCCACCGAACCGAAGUAGCACCCGAAGAAGCUCAUAUCGAACCAGGUAUCACUCUCGAGCCCUGGACUGAGACCCUCUACGACGAGGAGGGUGGAGCGCUGUCAAUCACGUUUGUUGACACUCCCGGUUUUGGAGACAACAUCAACAACGAAGUAGUGUUCCCCGAGCUGCUAGGUUUCAUUGAGCGUCAAUACGACAAUGUGCUUGCGGAAGAGAAUCGAAUCCGUCGAAACCCCAAGUUCCGAGACGAUCGAGUCCACGUACUUCUCUACUUCAUUGAGGCGACUGGACACGGUCUGCGGGAGCUGGACGUGGAGCUCAUGCGUCAGAUGAGUACACGGGCCAACGUGAUCCCCAUUCUCGCCAAGGCCGACACUCUGACACCCUCCGAGCUAGCUGAAAACAAACGGCUCAUCAUGGAGGACAUUGAGUACCACCAGAUCCCCAUCUACAACUUCCCUUACGACCCUGAGGAGGAUGAUGAGACCAUUGAGCAGAACUCCCACCUGCGUUCCCUGCUUCCGUUUGCCGUGAUUGGCUCCAACGAGGUCGCUGUGGUCAACGGCAAGCGAUGUCUUGUUCGAACAUACCCCUGGGGCUCUGUGGACAUCGAGGAUCCCCGUUUCUCCGACUUUGCCGUGCUUCGAAACGUGCUGCUGGGCUCGCAUCUUGAAGACCUCAAGGAGGCCACCCACUCGAUUCUGUAUGAAAACUACCGAACCAAAAAGCUGUCGACCAACGACUCGCCGCUCAUCGACCAGUCUGCGACCCCCGACAUGUCAGAGGAGUCGUUUGUGGCCCGAGAGGAACGUCUGCGAGCCGAGGAGGCGCGAUUCAAAGAGAUUGAAGAAAAGGUGCAGAGAGAGAUUGCCCAGAAGAAGCGCGAGCUGCUUGAACGAGAGCGGGAGUUGCGGGAGAUUGAGGCAAGGCUCAAGAACGAGUUGGUUGUGGAGGAGUAG